CGGGGUCUUUGACGUGGCAUCAAUAAACAAAGAUGGCGGCUAAGUAGAAAGUUUUCCUGGAUUGUUACUUACUUUUAGCAUUUUAAGUUGAUGGUUUCGAUAAAUAUUGAAUAGCUAACAAAUAUCUCGUGUCGCUAAAUUCCUAGGAUAUCAAUCUUAAAAUGGCUGGGUGGUCAGGGUUUUCGGAAGAGGAGCUACGAAAGCUGCAGCAAAAAGACCAGGCGGUGCCUGCGGCUUUAGGUCGUGGACGGAAACCAGCUCCUACUAACCGGAGUCGGCAGCAGUUGCAGCGAGAGCGAGCCCUCCAGUUAGCCACUCAGCAGAAGAGUGGACCCGACUCGUCUGCACUACCACCCGAGCAGCAGCUAACCAAGCCUCUGCCGCAGCCCAUUAAGGCCCUGCCAAAGGCUGUCAUUCAGCCCGUUGUCACCCCCACAAAGCCGGUGGAGGAACCCAGCCAAAAAGAGACCCUUGCCGUAAACCAUGCUCCUGCACCAGCAGAGGACACAUCGCCGAUUGUCAAGGAGUUGGAAAAACAAGAGGUGGAAUUUCGGGAGAAGACUCGCAUAGAGCUGCUUCAGCAAGACCAAAAGAUGAUGGAAGACAGGAAUAAGCGCAAGAAAGCCCUCCUGACCAAGACCAUUGCUGAGAAAUCCAAACAGACCCAGGCAGAGUCGGUGAAGCUGAAGAGGAUCCAGAAAGACUUGCAGACUCUGGACAAUAUGGUGUCCAACGACAUUUGCAUACUGAGAGGUGUGAUCGAGCAGGCCAGCUGGGACUAUAACACUGCAAGGAAGCGCUAUGAGAAGGCGGAGUCUGAGUAUGUGACGGCCAAACUGGACCUCCACAAGAAGACGGAGAUAAAGGAGCAGCUGACGGAGCACCUGUGUGCCAUCAUCCAGCAGAACGAGCUCCGCAAGGCCCACAAGCUGGAGGAGCUGCUGCAGCAACUACACCUUCAAGCCACGGAGGAGGACCAGGAGGAGGAGAGGAAGCGGGAGGAGGAGGAGAGGAAGCGGGAGGAGGAGGAGAGGAAGCGGGAGGAGGAGGAGAGGAAGCGGGAGGAGGAGGAGAGGAAGCAGAAGAUUGUCAUGGAGAACCAGGGAGAAACAAAUGAACAGUCUCCCCCAGAUACAGGGUCCACACCAGGGGUAGAGACUGAGACACAGGCAGGCGGUGCCAUGCUCCAGCAGGACUACCCUGCAGUGACUGGGAGCGAUCAGGACUGUAAAACGGCCAACAUCCCCCUAGCGGGGCAGAGCGAGGCUGAAGCCCCGGCUUCUGCUUCCUGAGACGAGGGGAGGGGUGGUCCAUGAGAUGUCAGCCCUUACUUUCACUGUUCAAAGUAACAGACUCUUACUGACCCAGAAUGUCAGUCCUGCCCGUUACUAUCUAGCUUCAGUAUAUUAAUACUGUAUGUCCAAUACAUCCAUUAGGGGAUGUUUCCUCUUUGUGUAACAAUCCUGUGUACUGUAUAUGUAUAAACAUUCUACCAUUGGGGGAAAUUCAUUUAGAUUUGUACUGUCUGAGAACUGGCUCACUGAGUCUUCAUUGUGGAGUGAACAACAUUGGUAUUUUGUUACUGUUUGUCGGGUGGUUUGUCUGUAUGCUCUUAAUGUGGCUGUGUCAAAAAUGCUUCAAGCACUUAUUUUGCACAAUAUUUACAUCCGAGGUGAAUACUCUCUGUGUCAUGCCUAGCCAAGAAUAUGUAGAACUGAAAGCAUAGCUGUUUUAAAAAAAAAAUUGUCCUGCUUUGUCUUUAUGGUGAAGCUGAAAGGAGGUGGUUAACAUUAAACCCCUGAAUGUUCCUCUGUGCAGAUCCAGGCUACAGAUGAAUAGAAGAUACUUGUGUUCACAAAGCAGCGCUGCCAGAUCUAUUCUCUCUGUAUGUUGUAGAUCAACAUAAUAUCUGUUGGGGUUUUGCUAUCGAAGGGCUGGUAUUUCCCAAAACCAAACUCUGUCUCAGGCUUAUUAAAGACUUGUAGAUCUCCAGCAGGCUUCCUAAGGAAUGGUAAGGUGAUAUCUCAUAAUGUAUGUAUGCUCUGAGAGAACUGCUCCAUGGCAUGUUGCUGCUUUACUGUUAUGGCUUUAGAACAGCUUGUUUUCAGUGGCACUCUAUGGUACAAAUGUGUCUACAGCAAUAUAACAUGUAUCUGAUAUGAGUGUGCUGCAGCUAGUUGUUUUGUGUGUAAAAACCAUCUUUAUGCCCCUGUGUGUGCCAGGGAGUACCAAAUGCUACCAAGUGGUUUGUUUUUCAAAUAUUAUCCUUAGAAUGAAUGUUAUGUGAAUUUGUUUAAAUCCAACAUCUGUUGUUUUGUAUGGAAAUGGGCUUAUUAAAAGUGGGUGGAUAUUUAAACAUGUAUUAUUUUUACACUAUGUGGUUAUUAGUAUGUGGGUAUGUGUUCAUUUUUUAAUUAAAAAUAUAUAUAUUCUGAACAUGAAUGCAACUGCACAACCUGUUCAUUGUAACACUUCUAUGCUGUUUAUGUCAUCUUUGUUGGUUAAAUUAGUAUGAAUGAAGUAUUAUAAUUAAAUUAAUACGAAACUUUUAUCUCUUA